AUGGCAACAGACUCAGAAAAGACAGUCGCGUUCAUUGGAUGCGGAAAUAUGGGAGGCGCAAUUCUCAAAGGAGUCCUCGAUGCCGCAUUCAAAUCGUCCCCUGAGUCCACGACGCAAUCACGACCAAUUUCCAAGUUUAUCGCCUGCACCAAAACUGCGGGGUCGGCUGAGCGUCUUCAGGCCGAUCUGCCAGAGGAACAUCAAUCUCGAGUUAAGGUUGUUUCCGGAGCAAUUGUCGAGAGUAUGAACGAAGCCGAUGUCAUUGUUCUCGGAUUCAAACCAUUUAUGGCCAACGAUGUUCUCAGUAUGAAGGGCGUGAAGAGAGCGCUUUCUAACAAGCUGGUCAUCAGCCUACUAGCCGGCCAGACGCCCAAAAACCUUGUCGAAAUUAUUCAGGGCUCAGAAGAAAGUUCAACUGCGCCUCCGGUGGUGGUCCAAGUGAUCCCGAAUAUGGGUGCAGAGUUCCGCCAGUCAAUGACCAUCAUCCGGACCCCCGAAACUCCUCUACCUGUUGAGAUGAAGGAUAUUUUGGAAUGGAUCUUUAACCAAGUUGGCUGGAUCAAAUAUCUUCCAGAUAAUCAGAUGGACGUCGGCUCUGUCCUUGUCGGUGCAGCUUUGGCUACGCUGACAGUGCCAAUUGAGGGAAUCUUGGAUGGAUGCGUGGCUGAGGGUAUUAAGCGUCCCGAUGCAAUGGAGAUGGUCUUGCGCGGUAUCCGAGGGUUGUCUGCUGCCCUAGAGGCGGGGAUACACCCUGCUGUUCUGCGUGAAAGCAUUUCUUCACCACGUGGAUGUACGAUCCAGGCACUUUUGGCCCUUGAGAGAGCGGGGAGCAGGGCAGACUAUGCAGAUGCGAUUAUUAAGGGAACUCAGCAUUUGAAGAAAUAA